AUGGCUUCGAAACGAAAAAGAGGCCAGAAGCCAGCCACACCGGCACCAACACCCUUCCCGUGGACCGAGCUAGAGCUCCACGCAGUCCGCCAUGCGCUUGUGGACAUGCAACAAGCACGUGAGAAGAAGGACAAGCGCUGGACGAUUCCACGGGACAGAGUGGGUGCUGCUGCGAAAGUGAUCAAGGCGGAGAAACUGCAAAUGCAGUCGGCGAGCAGAACUACUGCCAUGAGCCCAGAUAAGCUUGUGCUGUUGUUGAAGGAGUUCAAGCAGGAGCUGGGUCUUGGCGAAGGAAUGUAUCGCCUUGGGUUGGAUGCUUGGUCGGCAGAUCAGCAGGAACGACUCUUUCGACCAGGCGACAAGCAGCAGGACAAAGACAUCGUGGAACAACAAAGCCGCGCAGUAAAGUCUGUUCAGAAGGAGUUUACCCUGCACCGUAACGAAGAUCCGGUCACGGCAGCAAUGGCGCGCACUCGGUCCAAUGCAACCACAGAUAGCGGUGCUACUGGCAUGACUCCACAGGUCUCAAAUGUCUCAGAAGAGCUGGGGUCAACCACACAGGAAAACAGCCCGCGGAAGAGACGCAAGGUGCAGGAAGACCAGCAAAAUCCAGGAUCCUCCCUUCCAGUCGACAAUCAGCAGCAGAGUAUCCCAAGCCCCGAAGCCUCGAAGACUGAACAGAAAGUUCAUGGCGCAGAGCAAGUCCCGCCAGCACCAGCUGUUCCACUGAGCGAUCGCUUCUACCCAAACACCACAGAAUUCCACCUGAAUGCCACCCGACUUGAGGAGGGAAUGUUGGAGAUACAACAAGCCAUCCAAACUGUCAUCGAUGGGAGAAUGUACGAGGACGGCCAUCCCAAAGGACCGAAAGCCAGGUUUUCGUUGAGCACGAGCCGCGGUGGCAUUUUGCAACAGCUUUACAAAGGUUUACUCGGACCACAACCGCCAGAAGAGGGAAUGGCGAAGAUCUGCAAAGCUGUACCGUCCAGGCAUCUGGUGGUCGCUGUGGCCGGUCGUUUCUUCUUCGAGGAGGUCUUCGCGGCGGCUCCAGUCGUAGAUGGCAACAAAGAGGUGGCGUCUGCCAAGACAGCUUUGGGAAUGCUGGAAGGAGGUGUUGAGAGCCAGCUGCAGUCUUUCGGUAUCAACACUGACGCACUGCUUCGUCGAGCCUUCACGCAGACCAUUGCAGAGCCCAGCUUCCAAGACCGAAGUUUCAGCUGGGAGGCGCAUCGUAUGGCCGCAAAUCUCACCCAAGCUCUCUGCGAACAUCUUUCUGUGCAAGCGAAAGACUCGUCCGACAAGACGCCAGAUGGAGAACCGCGACCUAACCACAUCGAAGUCCAGACAGCAUGGUUGAAGUUCUUGGGCAAAGCGCUGAAGAAAGCGAUGAUAUUGGCCAGCGAGCUCUCAGUCACAGCCGAUGAGGUCAAGUUCGUAUGGCCAGACCACGGCGUGCCUUUUGAUGCAGCCACGAUGGAGGAUGCGAACAGAUUGAAUGAAGGCCUCGUGCUGGUAACGCUGUACCCCGGCUUGCAUCUGUCGAAGAAAGGCAAAGGCGACACGAUGCUGACCAGAGCACAAGUUUGUGCAGGGCGCCCCAAGCCUCCGCAGGAGACUGUGUAG